UUAUAUUAGUUAAUUUUUUUUUAAAUUUCUUGAUACGUUAAAGAAAAUUUCUUCUGUGGAAAUUCGUGGGGACAAUUAAAAACAUUCGCCAACAAAAUAAAAAGACGAAAAUUGUCGUCCAAUUAACCCUUGUGACAUCUGCAAAGGAAGCGAAAUGAAAUCGUACAAAGCCCGACGUACUGCGGGGUAGUAAGGCGUGAAAUUUGCAUAUUAAAGGACGAAAAAGUUGAUAGACGGAAAUUGAGUUAUGGCGCAGGCUUAACAGAGUCCGGAGGGGUCAACGCCACAGGUCUCGGAUCAAAGUAUUUCCCAAUCAUUUUUUUCAACCACAAAACGUCUUCACCAACAAACAAGACGGGCAGAAAAUUGUGCCAAAGCAGUUUGUUUCUGGCCCAUCACCGUUGAGUGUUGUUUGGUGAAUUUGUGGUGGGGCUUGACAGUUCAGAGAACAGGUGGUAGGACUGACUUUAAAGCCCCAUCGGUAACCAUUUCUGUUAUCAGUUUCGUAAACAAAAUAAGCAACACUGGACUUAAAUCGGAUGGGUUUGAUAAAUUGACUUGAGGCCGGUGCACGUAAGGUUGUCCGAGAAAUGGUGUUAUGGAAUUUUUUAUCGGUAAAUAAUAAUCAGAAAUGACAAGUUUGACUCUAGCUUUAGAUAAUAUCGAUGUGAGUGAGAAUACCGAACAAAUUAGCAAAUUAUUUCCUAAGUGUCGACCAAGAAGUGAUAUUAAUUUAAAUCCAAUCAUCUCGGGACGAGACCAUGAAUGCACUGAAAACUCAGCAAAUACUGUCAUGAAUAUAGACAGUGAAAAUGAUAGAUGGAUGGCUGAUGGUUCCUGUAACAUUAGUAGGGAUAAUUUAAGUCAGCGACAGUCGCCCGGCGAUGAGGAUGUAAUUGAUCACAAACUUCCGGGGGGAACGUACAAAUUACGUGACUCCAGAAUAAUAGAAAUAGCCGGAGGCCGUGAAAUCUACUCGCAGAGCCGAAGCAAAGCGGUAAGGAAGUCGCGUAACGCCGGUCUGGCCGACGAUGGCGAAAAGAAACUACAAAAGUCCCCGCUAAGACAGGGCGUGUGGGAGCUGCGAAGCCGCAACAACGAGGCGAAGAAGCUGAGGAACUCGCGCGAAUACACGGAAACGGUGUUCUCGUCGGAGGUAUGUUCGGUGACGCACGAACAGGACAGGGAACCAUCCCCCGAACCUGAGCGGAUAGCCAGUCCGAAGAUGAACUACGCCAGCGAGGUGGUCGUGUUCGAUGACAUCGGUGACACUUGGCCGUCGGAUGACAACAAACGAUACCAAAACGAGCACUUCGAGACCGAGAGGUUCGAGGAGUUGAACCACACUGCCACGAAUAUAUUCAACAACAGCGACACCGACAGCGACAAGGUGACGAAGGUGAUAGGGAGCCUGCCCAUCGCCGUUUACGAGGGCUCGCCGAGACGGUACGGUCCCAGACAAAUGGAAAGCAACUACUCACAUCCGCAACUUCCCAGUGCACAAAGUCUGCUAGCCUCGCCCAGUGUCUACCCGCCAAGGCCCGGCUUCCCCCAGAGGAUCAUCAACACUCCUAGUCCCAAUGAAAAUGAAACCAACUUGAAUAUUGAAAACAACUCCUUUAAUAAAAACUCAUCAUCACCGACGGCUACAUCAACAUUCGAUUAUCUAUACGAGUUCUCCGAGACUAGAAAAGUGCUGGAGGAGUUCUUCAAAUGUCCACCGCCGGAAGAGGAGAACCGCCUGGAGGCGGAAUUUCAGGAUUUAGAGUACGAGCUGCGGAGGCAGGCCAGCGAAAGUGGCAAUUCCUAUGUGGGCCAAAGAUUAGCUAAGGAGCGAAGGGGCGAGGGCAACGAGUUCUGCAUGAGGAUCGAGUCGCCUAGGAAAUGUAUGAACAACUCCAAUGACCAUGACAUAACUGAGCAUGAGAACAACUUUUUAGAUUUAUCGAUAGGCACCGGUUCUAGUGGUGAUUUAGGCGAAACAGAGGUCGGUCUGCAAGUAGGACAUAGUAGAAAUUUUACCCUUUCCCCAGAAACAACUGACUGUGACUCUAAUUGUGGAGAUUUAGAUAGUGAAGUAUCUUUAAUGCUUAUGGAAAAUGAUAUGGGACCCUCUGGUGGACUUUUAGGAUCCAAUACAGACUUAACUAUUCCUGGCGAUUCAUUACGCUUAUACUCCAGUAUGCCAGUGCUGGAAGACGGUCUUUCUUCAGGUCAUGCGAGUGAUACAGACAACAAUAACCCAACGGUAAUGCUCAUGAAAAGACAAAUAACGGAAAUUGAAAGGGAAAUCAAUCAGGGAAUAUGCAAGACAAAGCCCAGCAACAAAUCUACCGAAAACGGUAUGUCCCCCAACAAAGAAUCCAGCCUCAACUCGUCGCCAAUUGAUAUUAAUGGUUGUGGUAACAAUUUUGACGAACCUAAAAUGGACUCGUUAGAGAAGACACCUCCACCUCCGGCCCCAGCACCGCAUCGGUUGAUGCAGCCAGAAAAGUCAAGUGACGUGGAAGCUGCCAUCAAGGACAUCAGACUGACGUUGCAAAGAACCAAGACGCUGCCCCUCAAGUGUCAUCCCGAGGAGGAUCCCGAGGAGAACGUGCCCAGCCCAAUAUGGGUGCCCAGUGCUCCUUUUAGACAAAGGGGAAUGUCGGCAGCUAGUGGCGACUCUGACAGGAAAGUGAACAGUGGAGAGGAAGGUACAGAGGAGAACGACACCGACUUGGAAACCGACCGCUUGUUGGGGCAACAAAGGACAGACGACCAAGGUUUUUACGACGACAAGGGUUGGAGAAAACCUAAAAGCCGGACAAUAAUGCCUGCCCUCAGUUUAACAAACCCUAAACAAAUGUUAAAUGCCAUGGACGAAGGUACCCUACCCUUAGUCCCGGCCGAACCCCAAAACUCUAAUCCCUCCUCCCCAACAGCAGUAUCCGAAAAAAGCCAAUCGCCUCAAAGUCAAAAAGGAUCGGUGACGUCAAAUAAGCUAAAAAAGGAGAAAGACAAUAAAAAGAAGGGGCGUAAUAAGGAAGAUGUCAUCCAACGUUCAGUGCUGAUAGAAGGCGUGCUGUUCAGAGCCAGAUAUCUGGGUUCAACUCAGUUAGUUUGUGAGGGACAGCCCACUAAAACAACACGGAUGAUGCAAGCUGAGGAAGCUGUGUCUAGGAUAAAGGCUCCAGACGGAGAGUCCCAACCGAGCACCGAGGUGGACCUGUUCAUUUCAACGGAGAAAAUAAUGGUUCUGAACACGGAUCUCAAGGAAAUCAUGAUGGACCACGCCUUAAGAACUAUUUCGUACAUCGCCGACAUAGGGGAUCUCGUCGUGCUGAUGGCGAGACGGCGUUUCGUCCCGCACGAAAUGGACGAGGCUCCCAAGAUCAACAGGACCCCCAAGAUGAUUUGUCACGUGUUCGAAAGCGAGGAGGCACAGUUCAUUGCCCAGUCCAUCGGGCAGGCGUUCCAGGUCGCCUACAUGGAGUUCCUCAAGGCGAACGGCAUUGAGGACCACAGUUUCGUCAAGGAGAUGGAUUAUCAGGAGGUGCUCAAUUCUCAGGAGAUCUUCGGCGACGAAUUGCAGAUGUUUGCCAAGAAGGAGAUGCAGAAGGAAGUAGUGGUACCAAAGGCUAAGGGUGAAAUCUUAGGAGUUGUUAUAGUCGAAAGUGGAUGGGGAUCAAUGCUACCAACGGUGGUUAUUGCCAACUUGGCACCAGCUGGUGCAGCUGCACGUUGCGGCCAGCUCAACAUUGGUGAUCAGAUCAUAGCCAUAAACGGCGUCAGUCUCGUUGGCCUUCCCUUGUCCACCUGUCAAACCUACAUUAAGAAUUCUAAAAAUCAAACCGUAGUUAAAUUGACUGUUGUUCCUUGUGCCCCGGUUGUCGAAGUCAAAAUUAAGAGACCUGACACCAAGUAUCAAUUAGGAUUUAGCGUUCAAAAUGGUGUUAUUUGCAGCUUACUGAGGGGCGGCAUUGCCGAAAGGGGUGGAGUGCGCGUAGGCCAUAGGAUAAUUGAGAUCAACAAUCAAAGCGUUGUUGCUGUACCCCAUGAAAAAAUCGUUAACCUUUUGGCAACCUCCGUUGGAGAGAUCUUGAUGAAGACAAUGCCGACUUCCAUGUUCCGUUUGCUGACGGGCCAAGAGAAUCCAGUAUACAUCUAAAACAAACAAACUGAAGGUCUGAAAGUGCCUACUGUAGUUGAUAUUGAACUGUCCUUGGGAAUUGUUUUUGAGUUCAUUUUUUGAUCAUGCUUGAGUCGCAGAUCAAUAUAUUUUUUAAUUGUUAGUAUAAGUUCUACAGACUGAAGACAAUACAAAAUGCGAAGACCUGCGCGCUCUGCACAAUAAGAAAAAAAAAUGCGCUGAGCUUUCGUGAUAGAUCAUAUCUUGCUUUGUCGCAUAACUUAUUUAUUUGUUGUGAAUGUGAAGAGCAUACCAAAGACUGGUUGGCUUAAACAACAUAUUUUAUUCUCAUAAACAUAAUUUUUCCUAAAAAAAUAAACAUAGGUUAGUCUUCCAAUUAAAAGGCCAUACAUUUAGGUGGCGACGUGCAAUUUUGGUACCUGUACCUUGCGGCGAUUCGCUUCUUUAUGUAAAAAAGCUAUUUAAUCAACCAGCAAACCUUAAUUUCUAACGUUGAUUUGUUUAUGCUCUUUCGUGCUAUAUACUGGUGCUCUUUGUUUAGUUGAGAAUGGCGAGAUACAUGUAAACCAACCAAAAUUGCCCGUCGAAACAAUCUUGAAACUCAGUCAGCUCAAGUAAUUCCAUACGUCGGCUCAAUUAAUUUCACGUCCACAUUUCUGAAUCAAUUUUGUGAAAUAACUGCUCACGUAACAACUAAUUGUGUCCGAAUUUCCGUUGCUCACACGUAUAAUUUGUGGUAAUUAAUUCGUCCCUCACUAGAAAAUGCUCAGAACAAUAUAUAAAAUCCACGUUUAAUAACUCAAGUUAUUAAUACUUGGAUGAACUGAUUCUGUCCAUGGAUUCCUUCAAAAAUAUUUUUUAUAUUCAUUAUUAGUUACGACACAUUUAAACUAAAAACCAGUACGAAAUACGUAAUAAUAGUGACACACCCUGAAGUGAAAACGACUAGUUAAACAUCGUCCAUGUUUUCGUCCUCCACACAUUAAUGUAACAAGGAAGUAGCUCCUGAAACGGUGUUAAAGUGUACUUUGUAAGGCCUGUUUUGACGAACACUAACCUAUUAAGUGAGAUUAAACAAUUAUAUACAGGGACAGCAGAUUUGUUGCCCUUAAGAAAUUGAUUUAUUGAGACCUUUAUUGAAACAUUGAAAUGCUGGCUCAAAAAAUCAAUGUAGCACUAUCUAGUCAGCAUCAAUAGACAUUAUUUAUAUGUGUAUGUGUUUUUUUAUAUAUAGAGUAUUAGACCGUCUCUUCCAAUUGCUUGAUUCUAUUGCUAAAGAAGGUCUACUGUAUCGUUUAUAGGGCCGUCGUAUUUGUGCUCGGUUGUAUUUUUAUUAGAUACUCCAAAAGUACUCCAGAAUCAUCAUCAGGUAUUACUUAUCAAAUAUAGUUUGUUUAUUUGUUAAUAAAGUGCAUGUUGAUAAUCUGAAAUAUUCUAAAAAAAGAAAGUAACUAGUUGAUCGUAACUAGAAUUAAUAUAAUUUCAAACUGAAAUUGUUCAUUUCAUAAAACAAUAUUUUUAUAAAUAAAUUAUUUUUAUACUAUAUGAUAUAAAUGUACAAAUUUUGUUAUAUAACAAAUAUCAUGUUUCUUCAAAUUCGAGUCUGUUUUAACGUCGAGACCAGUAAAUUGACGCAUGAAAAAUGAACGUGUUGGGUCGAAAAUUCUAUUAUUGAACAACACUCGAAUCGUUCACUUCGUUGUAAAUUUAAUAGUCGAAAUUGAUAUAAUUUUUGGUCACGUAAAUCUGUGACUGUUGAGGUACUUUUGAGUGUUCUCGAUUUUUUGUAAAUAGAACAAACCAAGACUUGUGUCAUGUUGUUUUUCAUGUGUGCAACUGAUCUGAUGCCCAAUUUACACAAUUCCUAGCACUAAAUAAAAAAGCUUUAUACGUGCAUGAGAUGUUUGAAACUUGCACGAAAUUUUUGAAAAUUAAUGCAAAACGUUCCUUUGCAUUUUUACCUAUUAAAUGUUGUUCAUAAUGUUUUAGUAAAUGUAUAAAUUGGGUGCUUGUAGUGUUUUUACAUGUUGAACAAUUUUUUAAUGUUGGUAGAUUUAGAACUGACGAUAAUAUAUUUAACUUGGUACAAAAUACUAGCCUAGAUAAGUCAUAUGGAUAGAAUAUGCAAUAAUAAUAAAACACAAUAACAUAUGUGUGUAUUUACCAUUUUUUACCAUACAGUUCCUUAGAAAUCCUUAACGAACGUUAACUGGGCACAGAUUCGACGGUCAGGUUAUUUAUUUGUAUCAUUUUUUCGAAUACUCUAUUAAUUUUAUUUAACUGUUAUUAUUUAUCUACUACCAAUUUUAUAGUAAACAUAACAAUUUAAAAUAUUUUAUGUGUUAUUAAAUGGAAUAAAAUAUUA